AUGAAAAUAGAAGGUGCCUCGGUGGUCCUUGCUCUGGCAUUUUUCUGCUUCUUCUCAGAUGUUGCCAGCCAAGCUUCGAUUAAGAAUGAGUGCAGGAAAAUUUGGUCACUUCUGCGCAGUGGGAAGUUUUCCUGUCCCACCACCAAGGAGCCUUUCCGCAGCCCGAAUAACAAAGGAGACCUCAACAAGUGCAUGAUGUGCCAAAGGCUGCUGGAAAGAGACUCAAACAAAGGGAGUGGUGGAGAGGCGGACAGGAAUGUGAACUCCUUGGGAAAGGACGACUGCAGCGAGUUUCGCUCCCAGUUUGAAGCUGGUGGACGACUGUCCUGCACGAGGGAGAAUGACCCUGUCCGGGAUGCUUCUGGCAAGCAGCACACCAACAAAUGUCUCAUGUGUGCAGACAAGUUCAAAAAGGAAGCUCAAAGAGGUCAGUCUGGUGGAAUUGGCCAGCGUAACAGAUUGCCCACUUCAGAGAGGACAAACCAGAAGAACUGUGGUGGUUCACGGCAGGGGGUAAAUGAGAGACGUCCCUUCUCAACGGGCCGAGGCCCACAACGAAACAAAGCUCAGCGUGGCAGGAACUGCGACCGGUCACCUGGCCGCAAGUCACAGAGCAGAGACACCAAUGAGUCCCAGAUGCUGGACUGUGAUCGAAUUCUGCACGGGGUAAAGGGUGGAAGGAUUUUCUGCAGCGAAUCCUCACAACCAGUCUGUGGCACUGAUGGGAAAACAUACAAAAAUGAAUGUGACUUGUGUUCAGCUGCCAUGAGAGCUUCAAACUUCAUCACGUUAAACCAUCAAGGCGAGUGCCGAGAGCCUGUCCCUGAACUGGAGUAAUGGAGUUCAGACUGCCAGCAAACACCAGGAAUCAGCUGUGACCAAAGGACAAGUAAAGGAAGAGUCGAUGUUGAGCAUCAGGGGAGCUGCCAAGUCCCCAGGACUGCCAGAGUUGCCUUCAACCCCUUCUGCAGCAAAUGGGGCCCAUCCUUGCUCAGGUGGAGGGCAAAAGGCUGUGGGGACUCAGUGGUGUCUUCCCAGGUCUGCCCCGUGCGUGCCGUUGCAGUCUCUGCCGCCUCGCUGUGUCUUAACGUGCUUCUACAAUAAAGAUAACUCAUCAGCUUCA